GCGUAAUUUAAGGGAUGAGUGACAUCACUCAUAUUUGGUCCGACACGUCGUUCGUCCCAAUGACACGUGGCGCAAUCACAUCGGCUACCGACAACAGACAAUCGCGGCGCACGUUGCUAACAUGCGCCUACACUCCUGUCAAUUAUAUAUACUAAACUAAGCACCUCUCUCCUCGCUCUCUCUCUCUCUCUCUCUCUCUCUCUCCUCCGCUUCACUUUGUUCUUCUUCUUCUUUCUCUCUCUAACCAAAAACCAGAGGAAAAAUUCUCGGAUCGUUAUGAGGCGAACUGAAAUGUCUCCGUAAGUAUCCUCUGCAUCAUUUUUCUUUGAUUCAAUACUCGUUGAUUCUGUGUUAGUUUCUUACGUUACGGAUUGAGCUAGCUCGAACAAGAACCAAUUAUUUCGGUUCUUGAUUUGAUGUAUUUAGCUUAGUUUCAUUAUAAAUGUAUUGAUUAUUGUAGAUUUGUAACAGUAGAAACUUUGUUUGUAAGCUUGGAAUCAGUUGUUGAUGUAAAUUUUGGAUGUGAAUUUUUUGGGUUGUUGUUAAUUGAUGCAAAAGAACAAUAAAAAUUGAAACUUUUAAUGUGAUCCGCGAAAUGGGGAGGAUUUGGUGAUCUAAUGAGACGUCGUUCGGCGACGAGUGUUCCGUCCGAGCAAAUGGAGAAAGGGACGGGGAAGAAUCAGCAUAAUCGGCUUUGUUGUUUGGUAGCUUUAUCUGCUUUUUUCUGGAUUUUGUUGUUGUAUUUUCAUUUUGCUGUUCUUGGUCGUAAUGGUGUAGAUGAAUCAGUCAAAUUACAGCCUGUUUCUGUUGAUAACAUUGAUUCAUCUGUUGUUGUUACUCAUGUAACUAGUGGCAGUAAUCUUAAAUUUCCCAUUCCUCCAAAACCCACCAGAAGUGUAGCUAGUCCUCGAAAAAUGGCUAACCCUCCUCCAAAAGUGGUUACCCAAGUUCAUGAAAAGGAGGCUUUUCCUUUCAUGAAAGCAAUGAGAACCAUUGAUAACAAGAGUGAUCCUUGUGGUGGGAGGUAUAUAUAUGUUCAUGAACUUCCUUCGAGGUUUAAUGAGGAUAUGUUGAAGGAGUGUAGGAGUUUAAGUCUUUGGACUAAUAUGUGUAAGUUCACUACUAAUGCUGGACUUGGUCCUCCAUUAGAGAAUGUUGAGGGUGUGUUUUCGGAUACAGGUUGGUAUGCAACAAACCAAUUUGCUGUUGAUGUCAUAUUCAAUAACAGGAUGAAGCAAUAUGAAUGCUUGACAAGAGAUUCAUCUAUUGCUGCUGCUGUUUUUGUACCCUUUUAUGCUGGUUUCGAUAUUGCUCGGUAUUUGUGGGGAUACAAUAUUUCGACAAGGGAUGCAGCUUCACUUGAUUUGGUUGAUUGGCUUAUGAAGAGGCCGGAGUGGGAUGUCAUGGGUGGCAAGGAUCAUUUUCUUGUUGCUGGUAGAAUAACUUGGGAUUUUAGAAGAUUGUCUGAGGAAGAAUCGGAUUGGGGUAACAAGCUUCUUUUCUUACCAGCUGCAAAGAAUAUGUCUAUGCUUGUUGUUGAAUCAAGUCCAUGGAAUGCUAAUGACUUUGGCAUUCCAUAUCCCACAUACUUCCAUCCAGCAAAAGACGAAGAUGUAUUCGUCUGGCAGGACCGAAUGAGAAAGCUAGAGCGAAAGUGGCUCUUCUCUUUCGCUGGUGCUCCACGUCCUGACAAUCCCAAAUCCAUCAGAGGCCAGAUUAUUGAUCAAUGCAAAAGGUCCAAAGUUGGGAAACUGUUGGAAUGUGAUUUUGGGGAGAGCAAGUGUCAUUUACCAAGCAGUAUAAUGCAGAUGUUUCAGAGCUCUCUUUUCUGCUUACAACCGCAAGGCGAUUCCUACACUCGAAGAUCUGCUUUCGAUUCAAUGUUAGCCGGUUGCAUUCCCGUCUUCUUUCAUCCGGGUUCAGCAUACACACAAUACACAUGGCAUCUCCCUAAAAACUAUACAAAGUAUUCGGUUUUCAUCCCAGAAGACGAUAUUCGAAAGAGGAAUAUCAGCAUAGAGGAAAGGCUUCUUCAAAUCCCACCAGAACAGGUCAAGAUCAUGAGGGAGAAUGUUAUAAGCCUUAUCCCAACACUUGUAUAUGCAGAUCCUCGCUCAAAAUUGGAGACCCUCAAAGAUGCCUUUGAUGUUUCUGUACAAGCAAUCAUAGACAAAGUUACUAACUUGAGGAGAGACAUCAUUGAGGGUCAUACAGAUGAAAACUUCAUUGAAGAGAACAGUUGGAAGUAUGCUUUGUUGGAAGAAGGACAACGUGAAGUGGGACCCCAUGAAUGGGAUCCUUUCUUCUCCAAACCAAAGGGUGAAAACAGUGAAUCCACUGAUAAAUCCGCAGAGGUUGCGAAAAAAUCAUGGAAGAAUGAGCAGAGGAAUCAAGCAUGAAACUGAGGUAAACUAUAUACACAACAGAAGUAGCAACAGUAACAGUUUAUAAAGUAAUGCUCUUAGUAUAUGCAAACAACAGUUUUAGAAGUAAUGAGAAAUCUUUCUUCUUAGUUUUACUGUCUUUUGUUAUGACCUGAGAUCUUUGUUAAAACCCAAAACAUAGAUUAAAAUUUUAGUUUCAUAUACCAUAUAUUAUUAUCAUUAUUAUUUUUUUUCUCUUAUUAAUUAUUGCAUAAUAUGUAUUCUAUUCUGUUCAGGCAUUCUUUUUGAUGUAUUGUAGUGUUGAAUUUUCAUCUUCCAUUUACUGGAAAUAAAGUUUGAUAUGAUGAGCUUUUCAA